CCUGUAUUAAUUAAAGCAGUGCGAAGUAAGUAAUAAUUUUUGUGAGAUUGUAAAAUCAGAUUCAAACACCCUCCACUAUUAAGCUCCCCUCCUCCCCAAACAUUUUCAGGCUUCGUAUUCACCGCCUGCUUCCCUCGUUCUCAUCGAAAUUCUCCUCCUCAGUCAUUCAACCACCAUAAUGCAGGCGGUUCAGCCCUCCUCUCUCCGCCCCUCCCCGCUUCACCGCCUCCGCAAACAGCCACCUUCCCGUUUCUCUUAUGGCGUCGCCCCAAGGCCGCUGCCCAGGACUCUCCGGUUUAUUACUGCCUCCGCCGCCGAUUCCGCUCCCAAGCGGGAGACUGACCCCAAGAAGCGGGUCGUCAUUACGGGGAUGGGGCUUGUGUCCGUCUUCGGCAAUGACGUCGACGCUUACUACGAGAAGCUUCUCGUAGGGGAGAGCGGCAUCUCUCUCAUCGAUCGAUUCGACGCAUCCAAGUUCCCCACCCGAUUUGGCGGCCAGAUUCGGGGAUUUAAGUCGGAGGGGUACAUUGACGGUAAGAACGAUAGGAGGAUGGACGACUGCCUUAGGUACUGCAUUGUCGCUGGGAAGAAAGCUCUAGAAAGUGCCGAUCUUGGAGGUGAUAGGAUCGGAAAGAUUGACAAGGAGCGAUCUGGUGUUCUUGUGGGAACUGGAAUGGGUGGUCUUACUGCCUUUUCAGAUGGUGUACAAUCCUUAAUAGAAAGGGGUCAUAGGAAAAUAUCUCCAUUUUUCAUACCUUAUGCCAUAACCAACAUGGGUUCUGCUUUGCUGGCUAUAGACAUUGGUUUUAUGGGGCCAAACUACUCAAUCUCAACCGCUUGUGCCACCUCAAACUACUGCUUCUAUGCAGCUGCCAAUCAUAUUCGCCGAGGUGAGGCUGAUUUGAUGUUAGCAGGUGGAACCGAAGCUGCCAUAAUACCAAUUGGAUUAGGAGGUUUUGUGGCUUGCAGAGCUUUAUCUCAAAGAAAUGAUAGUCCACAAACUGCUUCUAGACCAUGGGAUAAAGAGCGUGAUGGUUUUGUUAUGGGCGAAGGAGCUGGAGUGCUGGUGAUGGAAAGCUUGGAGCAUGCAAUGAAACGAGGAGCACCAAUUAUUGCGGAGUAUCUUGGAGGGGCAGUAACAUGUGAUGCUCAUCACAUGACCGAUCCAAGAGCAGAUGGACUUGGUGUUUCUUCAUGCAUCUAUUCUGCUCUUAAAGAUUCUGGUGUUUCACCUGAAGAGGUGAACUACAUCAAUGCUCAUGCAACCUCAACUAUUGUUGGAGAUUUAGCUGAGGUGAAUGCUAUUAAGAAGGUUUUCAAGAACACUUCGGAUAUCAAAAUAAAUGCUACAAAGUCCAUGAUAGGACACUGUCUGGGUGCUGCUGGUGGCCUUGAAGCUAUUGCAACUGUGAAAGCCAUUACAACAGGCUGGUUGCAUCCUACAAUAAACCAAUUUAAUCCCGAGCCCUCUGUGGAGUUUGACACUGUUCCAAACAAGAAACAGCAGCAUGAAAUUAACGUUGCAAUUUCGAAUUCAUUCGGUUUUGGUGGUCACAACUCUGUUGUAGCAUUCUCUGCUUUCAAGCCUUGAUUCAUCUUUUUGUGGGGAUUGGGCAGACCUCACAGAAUAUUAUCUCAUGGAGGAGGCAUAUCCUCCUUUUACUCUGCAGUUGCCUGCAUCGGAUCGACGGUGAUAAUUGCUAUAGUUGUGAUAAGUGUAUUAUUAAUAUUUUUUUUUGGGUUUUCUCUCUUAAGCACAUUCAUCUGUAUUCUUUUUGUAUUACCUUUUAUAAAUUUCCCAUUCUGUUAAUGUUGACAAUUAUUAGUACUCCCAAGUCCUAAAUUUAACUCAAGCUUGUCAUUUUUUACUACGGCCAAAUCUAAUCAUCUAAAA